CCCAGUCCCCGCCCGCUCGCCAGCACUCCGCUCAGCGCGGAACAAAGCGCGCCGCUCCCGCGCCGGCGCGAGGCCGCGGAGCCUCGGCUGUGCUUGCCGCGCCCGCCCGACUGACGUGACGUGGCGCGGCAGGGGCUGAGGCAGGGGCUUGUCAACGGCCGCCAACGGCUGCCAACGGCUGUGAAGGGAGAGGCGCUGGCCCGGGCUCGGGGUGGGGCUUCUGGCUCUCUUGUUUCUGCUCUUUAAAACAACAAAAUGUCUGAAUUUAAGCAGAGGAAAAAAGGUAGCUCUUCACCCAAGACCAGAGAAGGUUCACAGAAUGUUGAGAAGCACAGCAAUUGUGGGAAGCAGGAAAGUCCCAGGAACAGCAGCAAUUUGAGCUCUUUCAGGAUGGAGUCAUGGACUGUCUUGAGUAUAAUGUCCCUUGCUCUUUGCCUGGUGCUGACCUGGUUCCUAUUUCAGCAGUCAGGUCAAAUUGCUAAUAUGGAAAAAAAGUACAGUUUCUUACAGCAAGAAGCUAAAAAAUUCCUGGAUGUGGAAAACAAAUUUAACCUCAUUUCUGAGAAGCUUGAGUCUUCUGAAAGUGCCCUACAAGAAGCUGUCUCAUCCCUCUCUAUGAUGACUGAGUUUGAGCGGGAAAUAGCUUCUCUUCAUAACUUCAUAAAUGAUGUUCAGAACAGUCAACAGUUUUUCUCUGUAAAGAUGCAGAGCAUUAAUGAGAAGGUUCAAAAUGUCACAGAUUCCUGGAGAAGAAGCUUGGAUGAAAUGAACACAAACAUUAGUGGCUUAAAAUCUGAAGUGAAAUUUAUACAUACAGAAAUUACUUCCCAAAUUAAUGAAGUUGACCAAAGAAUUAAAUCCCUUUCAGAAAGAGUGAAAGAUUUGGAAGACAGUACAGGCAGAAAUAUUAAAACACUAAAAAGGCAAGAAGAUGAUGAAUUCUCCAGAAUUGAACAAAAGUUGGACAUACAUGCAAAGACAGUUGAAAAGCUGGACGAAGAACAGCAUAAUCUGCUAGCCAAGGACACAGACCUGAAUCAGAAACUUGCAAACUAUGAACCUAAAAUUGAGGAGUGCAAGACCCAUUUGCCAAAAAUUGAAAAUGCUAUACACUCUAUUCUUAGAUUAUCAAGUGAAUUGUUAAGUAUGGAGAAAAAGAUAGAGGACUUGACAACACAGCUGUAUACUGUGGAAAAGGAUAUGCUGAAAACUGUUUCUGAUACCAUGGCGAUGCAAAAUGUUCUUGAAGGCGUACAGUACAAUGACAGCAUACUGGAAGUGCAAAAUGAAGUAGUGCAUGACCUAAAAGUAUCUUCAAAAGCAAAAGAAAUAACUUCAGAAAGCUAUAAUUUAGAAAAUGACCAGAAUGGGGAUAAUGUGAAAAGACUUGGAACUCGGUGAAACACCUGGAAGACCUUCAAGUAUUUUCUCACAUCAAACAUCUGCAGGAAGAUACUUACACAAUGAAAACAUGGUCU